CCAACAAAGAAGAAGAAAGAAUUGGUCCGAGUGACUAGAUCUCGGAGACGAGAAACUCCUGUUAAGUCGUCUCUCAUGUCCAAGUUUGGCAAAGACGCUCAGAAGGAGGAGCACAGUGAUGAUGAUUUGUGUGUCUGUCAAACCAAUACUGGGUUCACCAACAAAGAGACAAGAUUUAACUUCUCCAACCAAAGGACAAUCCAUCCCUAGUGAUAAACCAUCAUUUCAGUCACCAAGCAAGGGAGACAAAUGUGUGAAAACAUCUCUUUUCUCACCUCUGAAACCAGCACACCUUGAGAAACUGUGUCUCACUUCACCCAAAUUCUACAGAAAACCAGACAGUGAAAACGUUGAACCUGCUCUACGUUCACCUACAAAACAUGUCCGGUUUGCCAAGUCACCAUUUUCCUCACCAGUUAAGGAAAUCAAUGGUAGACUGCCGCUCUCACCAUCAAAACUUUUUAAUCAGAACGAUGCCUCACCUGUCAAAGUAAAAAAGUCACCAAUCAGGCCGACUGACUCUCCCAGUAAGCGGCAGUUGUUUGCCCCAAGUGACGCUCCACUUUCCUCACCCUCAAAAUUGCUUCGCAGGGAAGGAUUAGCAUCACCUGUUAAGGCUAGAAGGUUUGGCCUUCUGGAAUCACCUUCCAAGUUUCAGGCAUGUAAGGAAAACUCCCCAGUGAAACAGCUCAGAUCCCCAGUGAAACAGCUCAGAUCCCCAGUGAAGCAGCAGCGGACACCAGUGAAAAAGUCAUCUGCCUUGUUGAAGUUACAGAAAGUUGACAGCCCAGCCUACCAUCUAGCCAAACAGUCACUGCACACUGCGAAACCAGAUCGACUGGACUGUCGGGAUCGAGAGGUGGGGGUCAUAUCAGAGUUCCUGGAGCGCCACCUACAGGCCAUGUCUGCAGGCAGCCUCUACAUCUCAGGUGCCCCUGGAACCGGCAAGACUGCAUCACUGCUACACAUCAUUGAUGACUUAAAGAGGCAGCAUGCCUGCAAGAUCGCCUACCUCAACUGUAUGAUGCUGAAGGACUCUACAGCUGUGUUCCGGAAGCUUCACGAAGAGCUGACCGGACGCAAGAUGCCGGGAAACAGGGACACCAUGAAGUACAUGGAGAAAUGUGUCACCUCCGCCAAACAAAGCAUAAUCAUGGUUUUAGAUGAAAUCGAUCAACUUGACAGCAAAAACCAAGAAGUCCUCUACACAAUAUUUGAGUGGCCGUCACUUACCCAGUCAAAACUCAUUCUAGUCGGUAUUGCCAAUGCCCUCGAUCUGACUGAUCGAAUCCUGCCAGGUCUUCAAGCCCGACCCAAAUGUCGUCCCCAGUUGCUCAACUUUGCUCCUUACAGCAAAGAACAGAUUGCCAGUAUUAUAAAGGGCAGGUUGAGAAAGCUGGAGGAGGAUGGUCUGGCUGUGAUUGAGCCGGGCGCCAUUCAGUUCUGUGCACGGAAAGUGUCGGCAGUAGCUGGAGACAUGAGGAAGGCCCUGGAUGUGUGUCGGAGGGCAGUGGAGAUGGUGGAGCACGAGAUUCGUAGUCAGCCUCUGCUCACAGGUAGCAAAAGUCCAAGGAAGUCCCAGCCGCCUGUCCCCAAGAAGAUAACAGUGAUGCACAUAUCGCGUAUAAUGUCUGACGUGUACGGGUCGAGUGUGAAGUCCGGCCACCAGGAGGAAACUGUACCUCUGCAGCAGAAGCUGGUUGUGUGCACACUGCUGGUGAUGCUAAGAGAGGGGAAGUUCAAGGAAGUUGCGAUGGGGAAGCUGCAUGAGACAUAUUGCAAGGUGUGCACCAAACGUCAUGUGGCCAAAGUUGACCAAUCAGAAUUCUUCAGCCUGUGCUUGCUGCUGGAAUCAAGGGGAAUACUGGGAGUGAAGAAAGCCAAGGAAUCCAGACUUGCCAAGGUGACACUGAAGCUGGACGAGAAGGAACUGGAGCACACACUGCAGGACCGCGUCCUCAUGUCCUCCAUCCUGCAGGACGGGAUGCCCAAAUAAGGGCUUGUCCUCACCCCAGGAACCACCCUGUUGAUCUCACCAUGUGUUUCCAAUUAUAAGGCAUUGUUGAACCUGAUUCCAAUUGUAUAGUUGACAUUUCUUGUUAAAGGGCACAAGUUGUUUGCAUGGUGAGUGAAAGUGCUGUACACUCUAAUCAUUUGUUGAUGUAAAAUUUGUCCAGUUUUUGUCUCAGUGUACAGGUUGUUUGAGCCUUUUGUUUGGAUAGAUGAAAAUAUUGUGUAUUUUGUCCAAGUUGCUGAAUGAACUAUAACCAGGUUGAAACACAUAAAGGCUGGAUGUAAGUGAUGUGUUCAAUUUUACAGUAACAUGUUUAACCAUGGCUUGAGAAGGCUUUCUGUACUGCUAUAUUUUUCUGUAUUGAUAAGGGAGGGGGGGGUAUCCAUGUGGGUUAAACGUCAUGCUGAAGACCCGAGUUCGAUUCCCCACAUGGGCACAAUGUGUGAAGUCCAUUUCUGGUGUACCUCGUUGUGAUAUUGCUGGAAUGUUGCUAAAAUUGGCGUAAAACUAAACUCACUAAGGGAUUGCAGUUGUAGAAGGGGAACUGAAAUUACUUUUAUUACACCUUAAAAAACUUUCAUCUAUGUUUGUACAAUCCAUUGCUUAUCAUGGUGCUUGGGUCUUCACAUUUUAAUCUCUAAACCCAAAAAUGUAAGGUGGCCAUAUGAUGGUCUGCAUCUCUUGGAUAAUGGAAAACAUGUGGCAUGCCAUUGAAACCAUUCAGUGUGACGAUUUGGAGACACCGCCAAUCAAAAUGGACACAUGAAGAUCAGGGUUAGAAUUGGUCUUCUGUAACCCAUGCUUGUUGUAAGAGGCGACUAAUGGGAUCGGAUGGUCUAGCUCGCUGUCAUCAUAUCCCAAUUGCAUAGUACGAUGCUCAUGCUGUUGAUCACUGGAUUGUCUGGUCCAGACUUGAUUAUUUGCAAACCGCCGCCAUGUAGCUGGAAUGAAGGAGAUACUGCUCUUGAUGUCAGUUUUUAAAACCAUUUGGCUUCAUCUCCAAUCUCCAACUAAUUUCAGAUUGUACUGAGCUGUAUUAUUUCACCGGUGUACACAUGGAUUGAGCUUUAAAUAUAGUCUGUGUAUAUAUCGAAAUCUUUGAAAGUGUGACUAUUGAAUGGACAAUUUCAGUUAGACUGGGGCUACUUCAGCUGGGAUGAUUGUGAUAUGUAGGAAGUUGUGAUGGAUCAAACCUUCAUAAUACAUUAAUUUAAUUUUUAUCACAUAUUUAAGAAUAUUUAGCUCCUAUUUUAACCCCCUGACUUUUAAGAUAAAUUUUUAUAUGAUAUAAUGAUUCUAUUUAUUUUUGCAUGUGUUGUUAGCACAUUCUGUGUGGGCCUGUAAAACUGAAUUAUUUGUGUGGUUAGGAAAGUCAUGUUUAAGCGAGAUGUUUGUGGUAUAGUUUGAUGAAUAUUUCAAAUGGGAUUUCAAGGAGCAUGUGAUAUGUUUAUCUGAGAUUGAUGCCAUUUUCUAUUACUUUGUUUACAGAUCAAAAGAAAGAAAAAAUUACAAAUGUUAUUUGUCAUAUCUGGUCGGUUGCUUUAGCAAUAGUGUAGUGAAAAAGAAAAGAAAAAAAAAAGAUUUUUGAUUUUAACAAGAAAUAAACAUGUGGAAUGUACUGUCUAGAUAAUCCUUAAUGGGAAUUGUUCAAGUAUGGGGUCAUAUAAUACCUUUUUUCAUCUAAUGUUUUAUCUCUUCUCACAGUGCAAAUAUUUUUACAGUUUGGAAUUAUUUUUGUAUGGUUUGUUUUAAAAUUGACAUAGUUUCAUGCCACUUAAACCUAGUGCUAUAUCUGGAACACCAAAGUCUCUUCCCACAGAGGUUACUUGUCAUAUCUUCCUAUGUAAGCUCUGUUCUAAUACGGCCCUUUCAUGGUGUGAGCG